AUGACCACAUCGUAUACAGCUGCUUUUCCUUUCGAUCGAGGACCUCGUCACCCUAUUAGGCCGGUGCACCAUUCAUAUGACCCAGUACCCACAACAUCAGACUCCCCAAAUCACGAUCUCUUUGACUUUCUUGCCAAAGCCGCCAAGGAUGACCCAGCAUUGCACAGGUCUUCUUUUUGCCUUAACCCCGAAGACCUGGGCGUAUCAUGGCAAACAUUCUUUCCCGCUUGUCGGCAAAGUCGACAGUGGCGAGAGGCAGAGGACGCUGCACAAGAGCUGACAGAUAGGCUCUUUCGUGCGAAAGGCUCGUCCGGGAGUAGCCUUUGCAAGCACUGGAGAGACUUGGCAGAGAUUCUCCAAGUGGUUGAGACAGCUGUUGGAUGUACCGUGUACAUGUAUCCGAGAGCCGAUUUGGUCAGAAUCCGACUCUUAGCUCAGCUACAUGUCGUAAUGUGGAUUCAUGAUGAUGUACCGCGUAUUGCUAAAUGCCACCAAGAAGAGCUCCAGCAAGGCCGAAGGUCUCCUGCGACGCCUACUCGAACGAGUUGCCAUGAAGGUUCAAGUCCCAUAUGCCGCCUAGUUUCCAGUGUUCUGCAGGAUAUCCUUCAAGCGGACCCUAUUAUUGGAUUUGAAGUCGCAGCGGGGGCUUUAAAGUGGUAUCGGAGGUCCCGAGCCCACUGCUCUCGAGACCAGGGCAAUUGCCGACCCACGACCAUAUCAGAUUACCUUGAAGCAAGUGUUGGAGAUGUUACUACGGACGUCUAUCUUGCCAUGAUCCGCUUCGCGGGAUCAAUCCACCUCACCUCUAGGCAAAGCCAAGAUCCUAUACUGAACAAUAUAGUGAAUAUCUGGUCAAAACACAGAAUCAUCGUCAAGGAUCUCUUUUCAUAUGAGAAAGACUGUCUCGAGCAUCAGGUUAACGACUCCGCAAUCGUCAACGCCGUACAGGUCUUACAAAGCGAGUUCAACGUAUCUCCCGCAACGGCGAAAGAAGUUGCGCGUAAUAUCCAGCUGGAUACGGAACGAGAAAUGCACGCACUUUACAAAGAGAUCCUGGGUAGGACAGGCAAUGGCAGCCCGGAGGCCCGAUAUGUUCGGGCGCUUGUCGAAAGUCUAGCCGGAAAUGUGUUUUAUUCCUCCACUGCGGAGAGAAAUGCUAUGCCUUUACUAGGUAGGUCUGCUGAGGAGAAUGAGUCCUGA